AAGAAGGCACAGCAGAAAAAUAAAAAAAGGGGGUGGAGGAAAAGUGAAAUAACAAGAAGAUAAGCGGGAAGAUUGGAGGGACAGGUUGGGAAAGAGAACAAUUAAGAAGACAAGUGGAGAAAAAGAGUUGCAAUAUAUAGACUAUUUUUUACAAGUCUCUGCUUUUGUGUGAAGAUUUUUUUUUCUCCACUGUCAAAUCUGCUGAUUAAAAGGACGUGACACCAUGACAACAGAAAUGCAGGAGAUCGCCAUCACAGAGGACAAGCCUUUACUCACGGGUCAGACUGAUUCCACCAAGGAUGCCGAACUGGCUGCAAGGAUACUCCUGGACCAAGGACAGGAGCAAAGUAUUGAGACCCCUCAUGGCGUUCUGCAUGUGACCCUCCACGGCACGCGAACCACCCGCAGGCCUGCUAUCCUCACCUUCCACGAUGUUGGUCUGGACAGUAAGAGCUGCUUCUCCACUUUGUUUAAGUUUGAGGAGAUGCAGGAGAUUGUCAAGAAUUUCACCCUGAUUCAUAUUGAUGCUCCGGGACAAGAGGAGGGGGCUGCUGCCUACCCUACAGGUUACCAGUAUCCCCCCAUGGACACCAUUGCAGAGAUGAUCCCGGCCGUCCUGCAGUUUUUCAACUUCCGGACUGUGAUUGGAGUCGGUGUGGGAGCGGGUGCAUACAUCCUCUCCAAGUUCGCACUUGCAAACCCAGAUUCGGUGGAAGGUCUGGUUCUGGUCAACAUCGACACUAACGCCCGAGGAUGGAUAGACUGGGCUGCUCAGAAGCUCAGCUCAGUGACAUCCUCACUCACAGAGCAGAUCCUGUGCCACCUCUUCAGUCAGGAGGAGCUGUCAUCAAACACAGACCUUGUGCAGUCUCACAGAGACCGCAUCGCCAAAGCUUCUAAUCUGGUCAACAUAGAGCUCCUUUGGAAGGCUUACAACAGUCGCAGAGACUUGAACAUCGAGCGCAACAGCACCUUCAAAUGUCCAGUCAUGUUGGUGGUGGGUGAUCAGGCUCCAUAUGAGGAAGCUGCCGUGGAGUGCAACAGCAAAAUGGACCCAACAACAACCUCAUUCUUAAAGAUGGCUGAUGCUGGUGGUCUCCCCCAGCUGACUCAGCCUGCCAAACUGACUGAGGCUUUCAAGUAUUUUAUCCAAGGCAUGGGCUACAUGGCUUCGUCUUGCAUGACCCGCCUGUCCCGUUCCCGCACCACCUCCCUCUCCUCCUCUUACUCCAUGGAUGGGUCACGCUCUCGCUCCCGCACCCUGUCCCAGGGCUCGCAGGGCGGCCAGAUGCCACCCAGUCCCUCCCAAACUAUGGAAGUGUCUUGCUGAAGAAAAAGAGAGAAAGAGAGUGAGCGAGAGUGAGAAAGAGAAGAGGGCGAAAGGGAAAGGAAGGAAUGAAGCAUGUCAAUAAUGCAGGAACAAGAUGAAUGGGUUACUUAUUUGUCACUAAACAACUCCCAUCAUUCCCCAUAAGAGCAGAAUAGAAAUAGUGACAGAUGAAAAGAGGGAGACAGCGAGAAAAUAAAGGCCUAUCUCUCAUAUUUUGCACCACAUCUAAGUCCAAA